AUGCGGUGGGCAUGGCGCCGGAGGGCCCCGUACUGCCGCGGUGCGUGGCGCGUGCUGGCGGCGCUGCUGGCUCUGCUGCCGCGCCCGGCCGCCUCGCCCCCCUCACCCCCCGCACACCCCGCGCACCCCGCCCCGCCCGCGCCCCGGCCCUGUGCCGCCAACCCGCUGUGCGUCUGCCGCGCCGACCACUUCGCCUGCGACUACGUGCCUUUCCACCGCUUCCCCGACACGGAGGCGGGCGCGCGGCACGUGGCGGUGUCGGCGGCGCGGCUGGGCGCGCUCGCGGAGGCGGCGCUGGACGCGCGCGCGCUGCGCACUCUCGUGCUCGUCGCCUCGCGCCUGCACCACGUGGAGCCCGCGGCCUUGGCGUCGAUGACGUCGAGCCUGGCGUCGCUAGAUCUAGGUUACAACGAAUUUACAGAAAUACCGAUAGAGGCACUUCGGAACUUGAAAGUGUUGAAUUGGUUGAAUUUACAAAAUAAUUAUAUAAGCGAUUUGGACCCAAAAAUGGACUGGGGUGGUCUUACAGAGUCUUUAACUAGUUUAUCAUUGAGUAAUAAUCACAUCUGCGUACUACGUGAAGACACCUUGUCGUCACUGCGCCAUCUCGUCCAGCUGGAGCUGGACGGCAAUCGACUGAGACAAAUAGACGCCGGUGCGCUGCCACCUUCGUUGGCGCUAUUGCGGCUCUCCGACAACUUAUUGUCGGAUCUACCCUGCAAGGCGCUGAUGUUGUUGCCUCGACUCCGACACCUCCACCUGAGGAACAACGUACUGCAGCCGAUGUCAAACACGUCGUGUCGGAGCGAACGAUCCAAAAUAGAUUCUCUCGAUCUAAGUCACAACGAGCUCACAGACAGCUUUUAUUUUGAGUUUUUCCACCACCUUCAACUGAAACAGCUGGUUUUGGACCUUAAUGACUUCACGACGGUACCUUCCUUUGUUUUGGAUUGCGGUCGUCUCGAAAAGUUAUCAAUAUCAUAUAACAACUUGCAAUAUAUAUCUGAUUCUACUUUGCACGCUCUCAAACAUACUUUAGAAAGGUUGGAAUUGGAUCACAAUGAACUGGCGACGCUCCCGGAAAGUAUGCGUGAACUAGGUCGACUACGGCAUUUAUCUCUAGCCUAUAAUCUCUUAGAGGAAGUGAAGGUAUUGCCACCUAAUCUACAUAGUCUUUCAUUAGCCGGGAACUUUAUAAGUUCAUUUCCUAUAAGUUUAAAAGACUUGGCUUCCGGGGCGCUGUCCUACUUAGAUCUCGGCUACAACCGCAUCUCGUUUAUAUCGGUCGACAUGUUCGGCGCGUGGUCGGAGGGGCUCACCACACUCAGUCUACGCGGCAAUAGACUGGCGCAGCUCACACUCGGUACCUUCCCGCCGCUACCUCUGCGAGAGCUCGUGUUAAGUUUUAACGACCUGUACUAUGUGGAGGCUGGCGUUUUUACCAAUUUGACUUAUUUGCGAAUUUUAGAAUUAUCAUCCGCCCUUUUCAGUGGUGAUAUAUCCACACGUUCGUCUUUAGAAACACUGACUUGGCUAGGAUUAGAUAACAAUAAUAUUCAUGUCAUAUCGUCUGAGGACAUGCUAAAUUUUCCUUCCUUAGAAUACCUCAAUCUAGACUUCAAUAAAAUAAUAGAAUUCCCCAGCGAUGUAAGUAAAACCAACGGCUCUUUUAAGCUGAAGGAGCUGCGACUAUCAUAUAAUUACAUAAGUAAAGUUAAUGCUGAAUUUCUCGAGUUUUUGAUCGAAUUACAAAGUGUAGACUUGUCUUACAAUCGCAUGACUAAUAUAAGUGAACGAAGUUUCUACAAAUUGUUGAACUUAGUUUAUUUAAGUUUAGCCGGCAACGUUAUAGAGUUCAUUGCCGAUGAAGCUUUUGCUGAUCUACCAAAAAUAGAAGUUCUAGACUUGCAAGAGAAUAACUUAGUCGAAUUUUCAACAAAAUAUUUUGCAAAUGUAUCAAGUAUGAAUACCGAUUUUACAGUGAACAUAAGUUAUAAUAAUAUUGUUUCACUCGUCGGAGGGCGUAUUGUACCCAUUAAUAUUUUAGAUUUAUCUCAUAACUUCAUAGAAGCUAUAUCGAGAGAUUUCUUUAAGUCUCUAGGGAACAAUGUCCGUCAAAUUUUUCUUUCUCAUAAUAAAAUAUCGUCGAUAGAUAACUCCGCUUUCGGAUCAUUACCUCAUUUAAGUGUUUUAAAUUUGCAGGAAAAUGAUAUAAACAUUAUAAAAAGACGCGCUUUUUCAGACAUGCCUUUAUUACAAAUUUUAGACUUGUCACAAAAUCGAAUACAACAACUCUCAGUAGAACAAUUUCACAGCUUACAUAGAUUAAAGCUUCUGCGUUUGGAUAAAAACAAGCUCCGGGCGCUGCCGCGAGACGUCUUUAAGAAUACUGUUUUAGAAUAUUUGGAUUUGAGUGACAAUCAAUUAAAUCUCUUCCCCAGUAGCGCUCUCGCUCAGGUUGGAUUUACUUUACGCCGUCUCGAGCUGUCACGUAAUCGGAUCGAAUACCUCGACGUCGCCAUGUUUCACGCGACCGCCUUCCUCCACGAACUAGGCUUAUCCUACAACGCACUCACCGUCCUCUCCGACAACACACUCGCGGGGUUGCCGCGACUGCGUCGUCUCGACCUCUCUUAUAAUUCGAUCAAAACUAAUUUUAAGGAACUGUUUCAUAAUGCUCCCCGUCUGCGACGGCUGUCGUUGGCUGGUACUGGUCUCAAGAGCACGCCACAUCUCCCUCUCGCCAAUCUGACUGAACUAAAUCUCAGCGGCAAUUAUAUCGCUUCGUACAGCGAAAGUGAUGUUCGCUAUCUUUCUAAUUUGCGAGCCCUCGAUAUUAGUGGAAAUAAGUUUACGUCUCUCCGGCCCGCAAUGUGGACGACCUUACCGCAACUAAUUUCCCUAGACGUGUCACGCAAUCCUAUAGUUCGAAUACAACGUGGUCUCUUCGACGGACUCGAUCGUUUGCUUUAUCUCAAGAUGGAUAACCUACGAUAUUUAGAAACUAUAGAACCUCGAGCGUUUCGUGCCUUAAUUUCACUCAGAUCACUCACAUUCGAGUCCCCUACCGGUGAUACUAGAGAAAUUCCUAUCACGGAAGUAGUUUCUGCCUCUCCUAAUCUAGAAGCUAUGGUGGUUGAAAUACGCAGGGAGUCGUUGGACUCCCAGUUUUUGACUCUUCGAGCGCCUAAGCUGCGAUCUUUAGAAGUGACCGGUAAGGCGAUGCGUCGUGUUGCAUCAAAUGCUUUCACAGGGCUUGGUCGCCAGCGCUCUUUGUCUUUGAAAUUAACCAAUUCAGCGGUAUCUGAACUACCACCAGGGCUCGCACGACCUCUGGUCCGUGUAUCACAUCUCACACUCGACUUCACAAACAAUCACUUGGUUAGCUUCGGACCGGCGGUCCUCUAUCCGAAUCUGACAGGCUGGAACCGGUUCGCAACUAAACUUUUACCAGGAGGCCUACUGCUAGCAGGAAAUCCUCUGAGGUGUGGAUGCUCGGCGUCGUGGGUGGGCGCGUGGCUGCGGCGCUGGACGAGCGAGGUGGGUGGAGGCUCACGCGCAGCGAGGGCGGUCGCGCGCCGGAGUGUCUGCGGGGCGAGCGCGCGCGCUCCGCUGCGACCUCUGUUGGAGCUGCACGCCGACGAGGCGGAGUGCCACGCCAGCGCGCUCUCCAGCCCCGCGGACAAUCUUUACUUACACGUGUUCAUCAAAUUGAUCGUCCUGACUCUCACUCUCGUAUCCUCAUUUAGUUAG